CCACACUUGGGAUCCUUUGAUAACCGGGACUGUUCAAGCUUACUUUGAGGGAAUCUGUCAAAACCGGAUCAAAGACAUGGUUAGCAGUGUGAGGACUAGUCGAGUUCAACCAAACUGGAUUGGCGACACUCUCUGGAUUACGAUGGAGGAUUACUGGGACACUGAAGAAGCACAACAAAGGAGUAAAACCUACUCUGAUGCCCGUAUGUCUGACCGUAACGGCCUAGGUCCUCACGUCCACCUCUCAGGGCCAAAGUCGUAUCGACAGCUUCAAGACGAAAUGGUUGAGGAAUUGGGAAGAGAAGUCCGACUUGGUGAGGUUUUUAUCAAGGCACAUACAAAGCCUGAUGGUACAUAUGUUGAUCGGAAGGCAGAGAAGAUUGCAGAAACUUAUGAGAAGACUGUUCAAGAGAGGUUGUCUCAGCUCGAGGCAAAGUCUUUUGCUGUGUCAGAUGGAGAAUCACGGCCACGGGACCUCACAACAGAAGAAUAUACAGAAAUUUUCCUUCAGGUAACUUUAAAAAAAAACCAAUACACAUUUAUAGUCUUGUAGUUUAAUUUGUCAUCCUCUAAUCUUAACUUUUCUCUUAUUUUCAAGUCCACUGAGAAAGAUACAAGAGGAACACCUUAUGGAGUUGGAAGCCUCAAGGACUGCCUUGUCAAUGGAAAGCAUAAGCAAGCAUGUGGCUCUUCUACCUUUGUGGCUCUCCAAGAACAGUUGAAGGAAGCUCAACGCAUGAUAGAAGAACAGGCUGCUCAACUACAGAGGCGUGAUGCAGAAACAGCUGUGCGUGAAGCUGAGCAAUCCAAGGUUAUUGCUGCCCAGAAGGACAAGAUUGACCAUUUCUCCAUCGUCGAGGAGUUUCUGAGGGAAUGUGAUCCGCGGUUUCAGAAUUUCGUUGCAAGCAGACAGACAACCACAGAACCUCUUCCCCAAGAUGAUGCAACUCCAACUCCAUCAACCGCUGCUUAAUAGGUUUCUUCUAUGUCUUAACUCUUUUUGGAUGAACUCAAUCUCACUCUUUUCGGAUGAACUCUAUCUCACUCUACUCGGAUGAACUCUAUCUCUCGCUCUUUUGUAUGAACUCAUUGCCACUUUCAGAUUGUGUUUAUGACCUUUUUUGAUUUGUAACUUGAACAUGUUGUGUAUUUCAAUAUUUCGAUAUUAUGUCUUUCCAAAUUCGAAUCUUUCAAUUUAAAUUGGUAUACAAGAAUGAAAAGAAGAGGAUAAUGGGAAUGAAAAGAAGAGGAUAAUGGGAAAUUAGUAUAUGAAACUUUCAAAUUCUGAAAUCAACAUCAGUGGCUAAAUAGUCGUAACAUACAGUUUCUGAAAUCAACAUUAGUGGCCAAAUAGUCGUAAUGUAGUUUCUAAAUAGUCACUAUGGUAAGUGACUAUAUAGUGACUAUAAACACUCAGUACUAAUUAAUCACACUAUAGUCAUAAAACAGACACUAUUUUAACGACUACGAGACGACUACUUCAUAACCAUAUAACGACUACAUUUUUUGGUCGUACAGUAGUCGCUAAAAGGCGACUAUAAAUACGACUACAUUAAUUAGCGACUCUCGCUCUCCGACUGCUUGAGUUAGUCGCUAUUUGGUCGUAAACACAGUUUUUACGAUUACAAAGCGACUAAUAGUGUAGUCGCUAACGGCAUGUUUUCUUGACACCGUUAAUGACUUCAAGCGGAUCAAUGCCAUUUCCAAGAGACUUUGACAUCUUGCGGCCAUGUGCAUCACGUAUCAUGGGAUGCAAAAAAACCUUCCUGAAGGGAACAUCCCCACCACCCACUUUCAUUCCUAACAUAACCAUACGAGCAACCCAGAAAAACAGAAUGUCAUGUCCAGUUUCAAGAACAGACGUUGGAUAGAAAGCUUUCAAGUCCUCGGUUUCAUCUGGCCAUCC